CUUGUUACAGCUUCCACGCAAUUCUCGCGAGAUUUGUCGGCCCGCACAGUACAACUAUGUACUAAAAACAGUGUACAGUGCUGGCACCGGGUCGUAAGUUAACCUAACGUUAUAUUGAGCUAUUUUUAGUUAUAUUUGGGCAUAUUUCAAUUUAUAAGAGCCACAUCACACUAGUGUCUCUAUCAUCCGAGAAGUAUUGGUGAUUUAGUCAUAAAGAUGUUGCCGGUUGCUAGCACGCUGCAGUUAGCAUAGCUACAAGCUAGCUCCGCCUGGGACAACGCGAGGAGCAUCUUUCCUGAAUAACGUUAUCUAAAUUAGUCCCGAUUCACAAUGAAGUGUCACUAUGACAUCCUGGACGUAAAAAGAGACGCGGGGGACGGCGACUUGAAGAAAGCGUAUCGUAAAUUAGCACUGAAAUGGCACCCGGAUAAGAACCUGGACAAUGCGGAUGAGGCGGCGGAGUAUUUUAAGCUGAUUCAAGCAGCUUAUGAUGUCCUCAGUGAUCCGCAGGAGAGAGCCUGGUACGACAAUCACCGGGAGGCUCUGCUGAAAGGAGGAGUCAGUGGAGAUUAUGAAGACGACAGCAUUGACCUGCUGCAGUACUUCACGGUCACCUGCUACUCCGGCUUCGGAGAUGACGAGAAGGGCUUUUACGCUGUCUACAGGAAUCUCUUUGAGUCCAUUGUGAAGGAGGAGAUGGAGCAUGUCAAGGUGGAUGAAGAGGAAGAAGAGGAGGACUUUCCUCCCUUUGGAGACUCUGAGAGUGACUAUGAUAGUGUAGUGCACGUGUUCUACGGCUGCUGGCAGAGCUACUGCACUCGCAAAAACUUUGCCUGGAAGGAGGAGUACGACACGAGGCAGGCCUCCAACCGCUGGGAGAAAAGGGCCAUGGAGAAGGAGAACAAGAAGACCAGAGACAAGGCCCGGAAGGAGCGCAACGAGCUCGUGCGCCAACUCGUUGCCUUCGUCCGUAAGCGCGACCGGCGCGUGCAGGCCCACAAGAAGCUGGUGGAGGAGCAGAACGCGGAGAAGAUCAAGAAGGUGGAGGCGCUGCGGCGGGAGCAGAAGCUCAGCCAGGCCAAGCUGGCGGAGGAGUACAAGGAGCAGAGCUGGGCGGCCAUGUCUGAGCUCGAGAAGGAGCUGCAGCAGAUCGAGGCUCAGUGCGGGGAGGAGUUUGGAGAUGCGUCGGAGAGUGAGGAAGACGAGCUGAACAGUGAAGAGGGAGGAGAAGCAGAGCAGCCCGAAGGAGACGGACUGACGAUUGAUGAUUAUUAUGAUGAUCUGUACUGCGCAGCCUGUGACAAAUCCUUCAAAUCAGAUAAAGCUAUGAAAAACCAUGAAAAAUCCAAAAAGCACCGGGAGCUAGUGGGUUUGCUACGACAACAGCUGGAGGAAGAAGAUAAUUCAUUUGGUCUUAACUUAGACCCAAAGGAGGGAAUAGAGCAGGAUGAAGAUGAAGAGGAAGAGGAAAACCGGCCACGGCAAAAGCUGUCCAAAAAGCAGAAGAGAAAAAAGAAACAGCAGAAAGUGGCAGAGCAGAGUGCUCCGGAGGAGGUGGGGGAGCAGGAGGAGGGGGAGGUGGAGGUGGAGGAGGUGGAGAAACCAACAGUGACCACCAGUGAGGUCGACGCCCCCGCGAGGUCAGAGACCACCAAAGAGACUGAGAAGCAGGGUGACCCCUCUCCUGCAGGAGUCACGAGCAGCUCUGGGAAGACAAAAGGAAAGAAAGGAGACAAACCGAAGAGUGUCAACAAGUCUAACACUGGAGUGGAACAGAUUCCGGAGAGUGAAGUAAUCCUCUUCUGUGUGACCUGCAACAACGAGUUCCCCACAAGAAACAAGCUGUUUGACCAUCUGAAGACCAGCGGCCACGCCAGCGCGCUCUCCUCAAACGGUCCUCACAGCUCCGUGAGCAAGAGCAAAAAAGACAAGAAGAAGAAGAACAGAUAACACGCCUUCAUCGGGGGUCGACGGGGCGGGGACACAGGAAUCUUUGAGGGCGAGCGAGAGAAAUACAAGAACCUGUUGAAGGUGGACCUUUAAUGGACCCGUUGGCUCAGCCUGAGGGAUUGUUUUUAUUUUUUAUUUGUUACCUGAUUAUCCUGUUUUUAGCGAAGCAGUUUUUUUGGGGCGAGCGAUUGAAACUCUAAGUACAUUUCAAAGUAACUUAUAAGCGUCUCUGUGCUGACGAACCAUUGGAGGAAGAACAUACAGGGUGUGAAUACGUCCUGUUUUCUGACCCGUUACCGUUUAGGGAAUCCCGUCUGUUGGUUUGUCAGCUCUGUGAAGGCAUUACUGCUUCAUAAAAAUAAAGGUGAUACUGCACACCGGUAUUUAUACGACAA